AUGCCUGCGGCCCUGCUCCGCGCGCGCACCGUUGCUGCUGCUGCUUCUGGUCCAGCUGCAUUGCUACCUUUGGCGUCCUGGAAUCUUGCUUCGUGCACCUCCGUCGUGCAUAUCGCGAGCAGUCACAAGCGACCCCUCUGCGUCGCCAGCUCGAGAGCUUCUCUUCUGUCGUUAAAAUCCACCAAUCUGCCCCCAAGGUCUCCUUCGUCGGCCCGUGACAAAUCUCCGCUUCUUCUCCACGCCGCACAACAUCAACAAUUCCAGUUUUUGCAACAGCAGCACGCCCGUCGACUAUACACCAUACGCAGUCAUCGCCGUGCUUAUUCCAGUGCUGCUUCCACCAUGACCGGCGAAGCUCGCCCCAAGCGGAAGCAAAGCCCGAUUGCCGCAUCGGAGAGACCCGCGAAACAUCUAAAGCCAGAAUCGACCGUUCUGCCACCCGGAGACGAGACGCCCUCGAACGGGGCUGUUUACAACAGUAAUAAUAAUGUCGUCCUCGACGAGGAGGAGGAGAUCGCGCCAGUCCUGGCUCUCGGCGCCGGUCCAGCCGACUCCCCGGAGUGGCAGGCCACGAUCGAGUCCGUGGUGAAGAGCGUGGUCUCGAUCCAUUUUUGUCAGACAUGCUCAUUUGACACGGAUCUGUCCAUGUGCAGCCAGGCGACUGGGUUUGUGGUUGAUGCAGAGAAGGGAUAUAUUCUUACCAACAGGCAUGUCGUCUGUGCCGGCCCGUUUUGGGGUUAUUGCAUAUUCGAUAACCAUGAAGAGUGUGACGUCCGUCCGGUAUACCGGGACCCCGUUCACGAUUUUGGUAUUCUCAAAUUCGACCCCAAAGCUAUCAAAUACAUGGACAUGACAGAGUUGAAACUGAACCCCCAGGGAGCCCAAGUGGGCGUGGAAAUCAGAGUUGUCGGUAAUGAUGCUGGAGAGAAGCUCAGUAUUCUCUCUGGCGUGAUCAGCCGUCUGGAUCGAAACGCGCCGGAGUACGGCGAAGGUUACAGUGACUUCAACACCAACUACAUACAAGCCGCUGCUGCAGCCAGCGGUGGAAGUUCCGGCAGUCCUGUUGUCAACAUCAACGGCCAGGUUGUCGCUCUGCAGGCCGGUGGUCGUGCAGAUGGUGCUGCCACUGAUUAUUUCCUGCCGCUCAACAGACCGCUACGAGCUCUUGAAUGCAUCCGGGAGGGCCAGCAUGUCACGCGAGGUACCAUUCAGACACAGUGGAUUAUAAAGCCCUUUGACGAGUGUCGGCGUCUGGGCCUGACUCCUGAGUGGGAAGCCACUGUUCGCAAACUUGCACCCAAGGAAACCGGCAUGCUGGUGGCAGAGAUUGUCCUCCCGGAGGGUCCAGGCGAUGGGAAGCUUGAGGAGGGUGAUGUGCUGCUAAAAGUCAACGGCGAACUACUCACCCAGUUUGUUCGUCUUGAUGAUAUUUUAGAUUCCAGCGUCGGCCAGUCGGUCAAGCUACUCGUACAACGGGGUGGCCAGGAUCUAGAGGUUGAAUGCCAGGUUGGCGACUUGCAUGCAAUCACUCCAGACCGCUUUGUGACUGUGGCUGGUGGCACAUUCCACGAUCUUUCCUACCAGCAAGCCCGUCUUUACGCCAUUCCCACUCGCGGACUGUAUGUGUGUGAAGCCUCAGGCUCUUUCAAGGUCGAAAAUAUGCUUUCUGGCUGGAUCAUCGAUUCCGUAGAUUACAAACCUACGCCUAACCUGGAUGCUUUCAUCGAGGUUAUGAAAAAAAUACCUGAUCGCGCUAGGAUUGUCCUCUCCUACAGACACAUCCGAGACCUCCACACCCGCGGCACGAGUAUUAUACAUGUAGAUCGCCACUGGCAUCCAAAAAUGUCUCUUGCCGUCCGCAACGACGAGACGGGCCUGUGGGAUUUCAAAGACAUUGGCGAACCGGUCCCAGCUGAGCCGCCGGUGCCUCGAAAGGCCGAUUUCAUCCAGCUGGAUGGCGUCAGUCAACCAGCAGCCGCCGAGAUUGUGCGAAGCUUUGUGCGAGUAACAUGCUCAAUGCCCCUAAAAAUGAACGGCUUUCCGCAGGCCAAAAAGACAGGGUUUGGUGUGGUGGUAGAUGCUGAAAAGGGCCUCGUGGCUGUUUCCAGGGCUAUAGUUCCGUACGAUCUGUGCGAUAUCAACAUCACGGUUGCAGAUUCGAUUAUCGUGACUGGGAAAGUCGUCUUUAUGCAUCCUCUGCAAAACUACGCCAUUAUCCAGUACGAUCCAAGUCUCGUGCAGGCACCUGUGAAGAGUGCUCGGCUCAGCACGGAAAACAUCAAGCAGGGACAAGACACAAUCUUUGUCGGAUUCAACCAAAACUUCCGAAUUGUCGUUGCAAAGACCACGGUUACCGACAUCACCACUGUUGCCAUUCCAGCCAACGUCUCUGCGCCACGUUAUCGCGCUAUUAACCUGGAUGCCAUCACUGUAGACACGGGCUUGAGCAGCCAAUGCUCCAGUGGUGUCUUGGUUGGAGAGGACGGUGUUGUGCAGGCCCUGUGGCUGAAUUAUCUUGGAGAGCGAACGGGCAGUUCACACAAGGACGUUGAAUACCACCUCGGUCUAGCAACUCCGUCUCUCCUGCCGAUAAUUGGCAAGAUCCAACAGGGAGAAAUUCCCAAACUUCGGAUCAUGAACAUGGAGAGCUACGUCAUUCAGAUGAGCCAGGCCCAGAUUAUGGGCGUUUCAGAAGAAUGGAUUGAGCGUGUCGCCGCAGCCAAUCCGGCGAGACACCAGCUGUUUAUGAUUCGAAAAGUCGACACGCCUCCGCCGUCUUUUACUGCUACGCACGACACCGGCGAUGAUGAACACAACACGCUCAAAGAAGCGGAUGUGAUUCUCACGCUGAAUGACAAGCUGAUCACGCGCGUGUCCGAGUUUGAUGUCAUGUACGACAAUGAAGUGCUCGACGCGCUGAUUGUCCGUGAUGGGCAGGAGAUGCGUAUCAAGGUGUCUACUGUUCCCACAGAGGAUCUAGAGACUGACCGCGCCGUGUUUUUCUGUGGCGCCGUCUUGCAAAAGCCACACCAUGCUGUGCGCCAGCAGAUUUCCAAACUUCAUAGCGAGAUUUAUAUUAGCGCCAGAAGCCGGGGAUCACCUGCCUUCCAGUACGGUCUCUCACCAACUAAUUUCAUCACCGCCGUCAACGGCAUACAAACCCGCGACCUAGACAGUUUUGUGCGCGAGGUGAAGAAGAUUCCUAACAAUACAUACUUUCGACUACGCGCAGUCACGUUUGAUAAUGUGCCGUGGGUGGUAACCAUGAAGAAGAACGAUCACUACUUUUCCAUGUCGGAAUACGUCAAAGAUAGCACGACCGACUCGGGAUGGAAGGUGGUUACGUAUCCCACCGCCGACGAAGCUGGCGCGGAUACAUUGAAUCUUACGGCGGAUGCCAUGGAUGAAGGCGGAGCUGAGGGGGGAAGCGAUAUUGAGCCUGAUGAGUCUUAA